UCAUGACACUUUGCCAAGGUUUUAUUUCGUUUUGACAUCGAUGCAAAAACGUACGUAUAGAAAUAAAGUCUGUAACUUCACCUAAGCGAACACUAUGACGUCACGUAAAACGUGAGGUAAUGAAGUAGUGACGUCACCCACGCGGAAGCCGGGAAAGCGCUGGUGUUUCCGGGUGCCGAAUCUGCCGAUGACAACACUUGACACGACGGAAACAUGAGGAUUUAUUUCCCCGGUUGCCUGCUUUUAUUCGCCUUUUCAACGACGGCGUUUGAAGACGGUGGGGAGGUGACGUUCGUAUCGGAGUUCUCGUCCAAGCCUAAUCAGAAGUUGUCCAAGUACGGUUGGUAUGGUAAUGUCAGGUUGCAGAGUUUUCACAUACCUGAGGAGACUGCCAUAGCCCGCUGGCUCUUCACCGUAACCAAGGACCAAAGAUUUUACUGCCGCCCGAGUGACGUCUCCAUCUAUAUUAGGCAUGGCGCCCCUCCCGUAAUAAACCCGACUGGCACUCUGUUUCCCAACGCAACGCUGUGGAGUCGUCCUCUCGUGGUGAACCUCUCAGUGGCCGCCGCGCAGAACUCCACAACAUUCAACUUGUCCAACCCUGCGCCCGGGGACUGGUUUGUCGCUGCCCACCUGCCAGAAGACGACGGGCGCAUUGAGCAGAAGGGCUUUCCAUCUUGCACCUAUAUGUUCCAACCUCAGCUGUCAAUCAGGAGGGCAGCUGACACACCCAUACUACAACAGGGACAGUCGCUUCGACAGACGGCUACCCCGGACAGCCCAGCACGCCUCAAGUUGUAUGUACCACAGUUUGCCUCCUCGGUCUCUGUGUCUUUGGAUGAGUGUGCGUCAAAAGAGGGCACGGGAAGUGCAAACUGUUCACUGGUCCUCAGCCUGGGCUCAAAUUCUCUGCUGGAGGUCCCAGUUAGAGUGAACUGUUCGGGGAGGAGCUGCUCCUCUUCUCUCACCAACCCACCCUGGGACACCUGGUUACGAGUUGUGGUGGAGAGUGUUCAGGACAACCAGACUGCGAUCUUCAACAUCACGUCGGACUACACUGUGGAGUGUAAGCCAGAAAGCGUGGGUCUUGCAGCCGAUGAUGACUUCAUCAAUGCUGGCAGUAACACCAACUCCUCAGUAGCAGCCAACAGCUCUGCGGGGACAGAGUCCACAAGGGAAUUUCUGCUAUCGCCGCGAUCCGCCUGUGUAAACCGCAUCCCAGUGCGCCAGGAGGAAACCGACAUUCUGUCUCUCAGAUUCACCCCAGCUCACGGACCCAAUGUCAGCGUCACCACCAGGCAGCCAACACUCCUUAUGUACCCGCUGCCCGAAACAGCCACGGGCGGCACGCUCAACUUGCAGCUCACACUGAACACCACGAACACAACGUUGGGGAACAGCAGUAAUGUGGUGGCCUGCCUCUCACUCCACACGCCGGUUCUUAAGCUCAACCACUCUCAACCAUGCCGCACAGCUCUGUUUGGAGGGUAUGGCGUUAUUGUGAACGUGAGCUCUCCCAAAGCCAUGGUCCGUCUGUCUUUCCCCCAGUCAACAACAUGGUACCUCACUCUGCAGCUCACAUGCAACAGCACUGACUGCGAGAAUGUGUCCGCGGUGACCGUGGUCCCGGAGGUUUUUAUCAGCGCCUGCGUGGAUGACUGCGGCACGUAUGGUGAAUGUCGACUACUGAGGUCCUACACCUACCUGUACGCCUCCUGUUCGUGCAAGGCCGGUUGGAAGGGUUGGGGCUGCACCGACGGCUCCACAGCUCUGUCGUUCCGCUUCCAGCUCUUGGCCACCCUGCUGCUCACGCUCAGUAACUUCUUCUUCGUCCCGGCAAUCGUGGUGGCCGUCAAACGUUUGUACAUCACCGAGGCGGCCGUCUACCUCUUCACGGCCUUCUUUUCUACGUUUUACCAUGCCUGUGACCAGCCAGGUGAAGCCGAGUGGUGCAUCAUGCGCUACGACACCCUCCAAUACUGUGACUUCCUGGGGUCCAUCUGUUCCAUCUGGGUCACCAUCCUGUGCAUGGCUCGUGUCAGGAACACCAUGAAAUGUACCCUGUUCAUGCUCGGGGCUUUGCUGAUCGCCAUGUCGCUGCAGCUUGACCGUAGGGGCCUGUGGAACCUGGUUGCCCCCAUCCUCUGUGCCUUACUCUUCAUGGUGGCUGUUUGGACGUACCAAGGGGUGCAGCGCCGCCAUUGCUACCCCCCCUCCUGGCAGAGAUGGGUCUUCUACAUCCUCCCGGGCCUGCUCUGCGCCGUCUUGGGCCUGUCCUUGUACGUAUUCGCCGAGACGGAGGAGAACUACUACUACACCCACUCGCUGUGGCACAUCCUGGUGGCCACCUGCGUGGUCUUCCUGCUGCCCCCCGCCGACAAGAACCGGGAGGCAGGCGGCUGGUCCAAAGGCUGGAGGCCCCAUUGGAAUUGGGACUGGAGCUGGGUCCGGACGACCCAGGUCUGCGGACACACGCUGUGGCCGAGCAGCAAAGCUGAGUUCUACACUGUCACGUAAACACUCGUCACACUCGCCCGCUGCCUUUUUUUUUAAUAAGCUCACGGUGGAGUUUAAACACGCAACUUUGUAAACCUUAAAUACCUCCGACAACCAUCGAUUCAGGUCGCCUGACCUUGGACCUCACGGCCUGUACAUGUGUACUGUACAUGCUUUAUGAAGCGCUUUAAUACGCGUUUAGUUGGAGUUGAAUGUUGUAAAUCAGGGGUGUCAAACGUGCAGGUUUUAUCCGACCCGCGGGACGAGUCAACAUUUUUGAAUGAAACAAAUUGCUGUUCUAAAUGUGUCCACUGGAUGUCGCAAUAUCAAUUCUUUGUAGAUUAGAAUAAAAUGGGAUUUUAUUGUCAUAUUUGCAUAUAACGAGAUUAAGGACUCCAAUUUAAAGGCCUACUGCAACCCACUACUACCCACCACGCAGUCUGAUAGUUUAUAUAUCAAUGAUGAAAUAUUAACAUUGCAACACAUGCCAAUACGGCCGCUUUAGUUUACUAAAUUGCAAUUUUAAAUUUCCCGCGAAGUGUUUUGAAAACGUCGGGGAAUGAUGACGUGUACGCGUGACGUCACGGACUGCGCACAAACGCAGCUAAAAGUCGUCUGCUUUAACGGCAUAAUUAAAAUGUCACACCUAUGGAUCAUGUUUUGAUUUUGGACAUUCAGUCACGUUAUUCACUUCCUGGUUUUGUUUGUUUCCAUGCCAACUCAUUAGUUUUCACCUGUCACGUCCCUGUUCUCAGCCUCACACCUGUUUUCACUAAUCAUAACUAUUUACGUCACUCUUUUUCUUGUCUUCGUCCUGGGAUCUUCACACUCGCACACACGCUACCCAUGCUGCAACCUUCUUCACGCCCUCGUUUAUCUACUUCAUGCCUUGCUCCGCUGUUCAUUUUGAUCCACGUAAGUUUUGUAUUUAUGCCACAGUGCACUCUUUUGUUUCAUGUCUUUAGUCUUGCCAUCGCGCUGUUUAAGUUAAUCGUUAAAUUGUAUUUCAUGCCAUUGAGCAAGUGUUUUUGUUUUCCCUGUUUUGUAUAUAUUAUAUAAUUAAAACAUGUACUCACGUCCACGCCUCGGUCGUGCUGAUUCUCAUCUGCGUCGAAGAAACAAUUCAUGUCCAAGCCAAGUUAUGACAUACACAGUAUUUUGGACAUUUGUGUUGCGGAAUCUUUUGCAAUUUGUUCAAUUAAUAAUGAAGUCAAAAUAGAAAGAUGGAGUUGGGAAGCUUUAGCCUUUAGCCACACAAACACACGGUGAUUCCUUGUUUAAAAUUCCCGGAAGUGAAACUUUACGAUGGAUCAGAGCGGUCAAGCGAACAUGGAUCCCGACCAAAUGUCAACCAGCAGUUUCCGGUGAGAAAAUUGUGGUAAAAAGUCGCCACUUACCGGAGAUCAGCUGAGCUUGUGCCGUCGACUUCCAUCAGACACUGGCGUCAAGACACCCGUGGAUACCUAUCAGGUACUAUUAAACCCACUAAAACACUAGCAACACAAUAGAAAGAUAAGGGAUUUCCCAGAAUUAUCCUAGUAAAUGUGUCUAAAAACAUCUGAAUCCGUCCCAAUGCAAUCGCUUUUUUUUAAACUUUUUUUUUUCUAGUCCGUCGCUAUCAAUAUCCUCAAACACAAAUCUUUCAUACUCGCUCAAAUUAAUGGGGAAAUUGUCGUUUUCUCGGUCCGAAUAGCUCUUUUUGUUGGAGGCUCCCAUUAAAAACAAUGUGAGGAGCCAUCGACAUGUGACGUCAUCGUCUGCGACUUCCGGUAAAGGCAGGGCUUUUCUGUUAGCGCCCAAAAGUUGCGAACUUUAUCGUGGAUGUUCUCUACUAAAUCCUUUCAGCAAAAGUAUGGCAAUAUCGAGAAAUGAUCAAGUAUGACACAUAGAAUGGACCUGCUAUGCCCGUUUAAAUAAGAAAAUCUCAUUUCAGUAGGCCUUUAAGGUCCGAGCUUACAUCACACUCAAAUUUUUACUGCAUACCUUUGGUAAGUGCCGGAGUGAGAAGAGGUUUUCAAAUAAUUAGCGCAUGCUUACUUUUACCUCAUGCCUUUCCAGAACAAAAAUGUUAAAAUAAAUUCAUUUGACUUUGAAAUAAGAUUUAAAUUUGAUUCUACAGAUUUUUUAGAUUUGCCAGAAUAAUAUUUUUGAAUUUUAAUCAUAAGUUUGAAGAAAUAUUUCCCAAAUAUUCUUUGUCGAAAAAACAGAAGCAAAAAUGAAGAAUUAAAUUAAAAUGUAUUAUUUUUCCCUUAGCACCGAAAGUUGCAAAUUUUAUCGUGGAUGUUCUCUACUAAAUCCUUUCAGCAAAAAUAUGGCAAUAUCGAGAACUGAUCAAGUAUGACACAUAGAAUGGAAUGGACCUGCUAUCCCCGUUUAAAUAAGAAAAUCUCAUUUCAGUAGGCCUUUAAGGUCCGAGCUUACAUCACACUCAAAUUUUUACUGCAUGCCUUUGGUAAGUGCCGGAGUGAGAAGAGGUUUUCAAAUAAUUAGCGCAUGCUUACUUUUACCUCAUGCCUUUCCAGAACAAAAAUGUUAAAAUAAAUUCAUUUGACUUUGAAAUAAGAUUUAAAUUUGAUUCUACAGGUUUUUUAGAUUUGCCAGAGUAAUAUUUUGGAAUUUUAAUCAUAAGUUUGAAGAAAUAUUUCACAAAUAUUCUUAGUUGAAAAAACAGAAGCAAAAACGAAGAAUUAAAUUAAAAUGUAUUUAUUAUUUUUCCCUUAGCACCAAAAGUUGCGAACUUUAUCGUGGAUGUUCUCUACUAAAUCCUUUCAGCAAAAAUAUGGCAAUAUCGAGAAAUGAUCAAGUAUGACAUAGAAUGGACCUGCUAUGCCCGUUCAAGAAAAUCUCAUUUCAGUAGGCCUUUAAGGUGCGGUAGUGGGAAAAAAUAUGGGGUAAAAAUAAAUAACACGAGGUAAUAAAGGAAAAACUAACAAUUAAAAUAGACUACUUUCUAGUAAAAAUAAUGAGCAAUCUUGUACAAUAUACAAACAACUAUAGAAAUACAAAAUACUAUACAGUAUACAGAACAAGACAAGAGUACGGAAGUAAUAAAUAACAGUCAGUGUCGGAUGUAUUGCACUCGAAGGGUAGUAUUGCACAGUAGGGUAUUAGGGUAUGCUAUACGGUCUUUUUUAUUAUCAUUUUUUUUAUUAAAUCAACAUAAAAAUACACAAGAUACACUUUCCAUUAGUGCAUCAACCCCCCAAAGAAAACCCCUACCUCCCCCAUUCACACUCAUCCACACCCACUCAAUUUUUUUUCAUCUGACGGAAGAACUUUCCUCCAGAAGGUCUUAUCUUUUGUCCAUGAGGCCGUUAAUCCCAGGAACACCAUACCUACCGCCGAGCAUGGUGGUGGUAGCAUUAUGCCCCGGGUCUGUUUUGCUACCAAUGGAACUGGUGGACAAUGAAAAGGGAGGAUUACCUCCAAAUUCUUCAGGACAACCUGAAAUCGUCAGCCAGGAGGUUGGGUCUUGGGCACACGUCAAAAAUGGUAAAGGAAUGGCUAAAUCAGGCUAAAAUUAAGUUUUUUAAAACGACUUAAACGUGUGGACAAUGCUGAAGAAACAAGUCCAUGUCAGAAAAAACAACUCAUUUAGCUGAACUGCUCCAAUUUUGUCAAGAGGAAUGGUCAAAAACUCCACCAGAAGCUUGUGGAUGGCUACCAAAAGCGCCUUAUUUCAUUGAAACUUGCCAAGGGACAUGUAAGCAAAUAUUAACUUUGCUGUAUGUAUACUUUUGACCCAGCAGAUUUACUCACAUUUUCAGUAGACCCAUAAUAAAUUCAUAAAAGGAAUGUUUUUUGUGACCAACAAAAAUCACUCCAUCACAAAAAAAAAAAUAAGAAUUGUAGAAAUCAUUGGAAACUCAAGACAGCCAUGACAUUAUGUUCUUUACAAGUGUAUGUAAACUUUUGACCGCGACUUUAUAUGUAAAAAAUGAAUAAACCACAAGAUGUCCGUGCACCAGUCGAGGAAAAUGAGCAGUCUCCAUAAAUAACAUCCUGUAAUUUGAUUUUGAUAUUUUUUUUAUCUUGAUAGAUGGACUAAUGAACAUUAUCACAUCAUUUAUUCAGGAAGUAUAAAUAAUAACGACUAUUAACCGCAACAUGUAAGUGUUAAAAAAACAUUAUGAUUUGUACAUUUUCAACAUGUGCUCGUUCUAUUUUUAAACAAAGAAAACAGUCUGAAGUUGUCUAUUUUUAAGUUAUCGUGCCGUGAUUUCUCUAUGUAGCCCCCCCGGUCUAAAAUGAGUUUGACACCCCUGCUCUAAAUAUUUAUAAAGCAUGGUUGUGAGGUCUACCAGCUUGUUGAUAAUGAUCGCUUUAUCCAAUUCCUACUAAAAAUUCAUUUUAGCAAACUUUUUCACACGUAUGUCGUCAUGUUCCUGCUGCACUCGAUUAUUCCGUGUUUCCUGUUGAUCUCUUUUUAAAGCACUUUAUGUGAUUUCCUUGUAUAAAUGUCAACAUAAAGAAUGUACAUUUAAGUGUGCCUCACCUUUUUUUGAACUGUUUUGUCUAUUGCCAUAUUUUCCGGACUAAAAGCAGCCACUUUUUUUCCACCCCCAACGCUUUAACCCUGCGGCUUAUAAAACGGCGCAGCUAAUUUAUGGAUUUUUCUCCACUAACGGCCAUAAAGUUUUGUGUUCAUCAAAUAGUUUUCAUAACAGGGACUGAUUGUCUGUGCUAUGGCGCCAUCUUUUGGACGUGUUUGUUUACUGCAUGUGCUGCGAGUUGAAGGUCUCCAACAGGGGCGCCCAAGCUUUUGCCUCCAAGGGCCAAAAUGAAAAUGUGCUAAUGGUUCGCGGGUCAAACAGCGAUAUUUUAGCACCAAGAGUGAGAAAUUUAGCCACAUAUGAAUAUAAAGUAGUAGAUAUUGUCAGGUUUAAUAAAUGGCAACUGUAAAAAAAUUUUUUUUAUGGAUUUUAGGGUGAAAAACUGUCAGCUCAAUCACCAGAUUUUUUUCUGUGAAAUUUAUGGGUGUUUACACUAAAUUACUUUAAAUUGAAAGACCACUGAUGUUUUUACAUUAAAAUUCUGGUGACUGAACUGCCAGUUUUUUUUUUGGGCGUAAAAUCUAUGGCAUUUUUUUUUUUACAGUGCAUUACAAUAAAGUGAAAAUCUGUAUUUUUAAAAUUAUUUUUACUGUAUAUUUUUCGCGACCGAGUUUUUUUUCAGAAAAUUAGUUAGUUUUUUCUCACAGCGCAUUACUAUAAUUAUAAUUAUAAAUUGUAAUGAUAAAUUGUUAUAAUUAAAUUAAUUAAUUAAUAUAAUUAAAUUAAUUAAUAUAAUUAAAUUAUAAUAAUUAUAAAAUGGAAAACUGCACCACUGUUAUUUUUACUGCAAAAUUCUGCUGACUGAGUUCCUACUUACUUAAUUACUAUAAAUAGGAAAAUGGUACCAAUAAUGAUUUUAUGGUCAAUUUCGCCAACUAGCUACCAGGUUUUUACCAUAAAAGCUACUGACUAUUUUAAUUGUGUAGCUUGAAAUAGGUCAGUAUGAAUAUCUAAUAAAUUUGGUAGUCACCCUUUGCCAGACCAAAUUGCGUCAUUCCCAGGUCUACAGUAUUUCUUUCCGCCAUGAACCGGAAGUACAAAUUCUGUUUUGUCUUGGAGUCAUCCAUAGCGUAUUUACUCGUACGGAUUCUUCAUACAUCACUCUGAACAACGUUUUUAAGUUUAAUAAUAUACCUGAAACAAUCCAUACUUACCGGUACUAAAUCGUCAUGUGUGAUGGUAUUGUUUUCAUGCAUAUUUGUACGUGCUAUCGUUAUUGGUUGUUAGCAUUUGCUAAUAUGCUAACAUGUUUUGCAAGUGUCCUGUGUUUGUGUUAUUGUUUCAGUUCCGUAAAUUCACCAAAACCUCGCCGAUUCGCUUCCGCAGCUAGCGGGUCCAUGAUGAUGGCUUCUGUUUUGUUCCGUCUGCCGUUUUACUGCCGCGUUACAGGCACAAAUUAAGGUAUGUAAAAACCUUUUACUAAAUUUUUCACAACCUAAAUAUCUGCGUCUGGUCUGGUGCGAUUAUAAUUUGGAAAAAUAGCAAAAUUAGUAGGCGGGGCUUAUACACUGGUGCGCUCUAUAGUCCGGAAAAUAGUUAUCUUCAUUGUUCUGCCUUGAAAUGUCGAAUUCUUAUUUAAAGGGAUGUGAUUGGUUCCUUUUGGAUGUACAAAACAAAAAUGAAUCUUUUGUCAACAGUAA